AGACUAUUGAAGCCUCAUAAGUCUUUCGACAACUUCUCCUUGCCUUCCUCCUUCGCACUCCCACUUCUUUCAACUAUUCAAGACACGCCUUCAUCUACCUCGAGCUGGCCUCGAAUUAAGCAUGACUUACACCCCUACCUCUCCAACUAUGACCAACUCGCACACCAAUGACAACACCUCAAGCCCUAUCAAUAAGGUCGUCCAGAAGCUUCGACCCCGCGCCUCUUUUGGAGUCCUCCGCACACGCAAGAGCAGCGAAGAUGUCUCGAAGCUCCUGAAGCGAACAGGUAGUAACCAGUCGGAUGACUCUACGAAGCCGCCUCGACUCACCCAUAAGCGUCGCCAUAGCAGCUUCGGCGCUUUGAGGCAGGCAUUGCGCCCGAGCCCGGACCUUGACGACAUGGCAUCGCUACAGGCUGCGAUUGCCGACCAGAAUGACCACGCCUCUUCGUCCAGCCCGCCACCCACAGCCACCACCAUGAGCGACGGCCGUCGACCUGGCAAACCACAGACGAUAAAGGUGCUCCAGCCCUCCGACUUCGCGAGCCGCACGCCUCGCGCUGCACCUCCCGCCCCUGGCGGCAACAGUGAACACCAUCGCUCGCCCUCGGCUUCGGAGGCUGCGUUCCUCAGCCCCGAAUCAUCUACGGAAUCCUCGUCCCGCGAGACGGUUGACACUAACAACACGAGCCUGGACAGCCCUGGCAGUCGAGACCGCUCGUCGAGCCUUUUCUCGGAUCGACCACUCUCGGCCUGGGAUUCCAAGGUCUCGACGCGCAUGCUACAAGACCAGCUCAAUGCGACUCUUGCUGAACAGUCGCGUCACUUCUCAGUACGCCCGCUUGAUGGAUGGGAUGCCCGACUUAUGCCCCUACUGGCCAAGAACGAUGGCGCACUAGCCAAGGAGAUUCGCUUCUCGACGCGCCCGGACAGUGGAUGGGACGCUCGUCUCUUCGUUGAUGAUGGCAAAAACCGUCGAGGCAGGAGCGACACGACUUUCUCUGAUCGCAGAAUGUCUGCCUGGGACGGGAUGUUGAAGACAGAUAAGGGCGACUCAGUACCUGUGACCGUCGGUCUUCACGACGGCGGUGAUGACGAGGGCAAGAGGGGCACGGUGUUCUCUCUGCGACCACCAGGAGACUGGGACGCAUCGCUCGCUCCCGACGACGGUGAGGCUUCGGCCGCACCAGCCGGCAAGGCAGGUGCCGACCUCAAGGACCGUGGCCUCCUGUUCUGCAAGAGCUUCGACAAGAUCCCAUUGGCCAGGCGCAUUGAUGUCCGAGGGCGAGUCGAGCCUCAGGGCCACCAACAGCGUACAUCUACCGCGACAUCCUCCACACUAUUACCGAGUGCUGCCUCCUCUUUUUGAUGAUGACGAUGAUGACAAGCACUCUCAAGAAUGACGACGCUUCCUUGCUUUCUCUGUCCCGCUAAUUCACUGAGCUCUCUUCAAUUCCAUUGUGAUCGCUCGCGACGAUCU